AUGGAACUAGACAAUGAGUGUGCCAAAGAACAAAUGAUUAUUCAAAGGCAAUUUGAUCAAAAAAAGAAACCUAUUUUUGAUGAAAGAAGAGCUAUAAUUGAAAAAAUACCUAAAUUUUGGGCUGACACUAUUUCAAAACAUCCAGUGUUCCAAGAAAAUAUGCAUCCUGAAGAUUUUGAUGUUCUUGAACACCUUAAGGAUAUAGAGUUAGAAGACAAUCUAGAUAAUGAAGGGUCUUAUAAAAUUAAAUUGGUCUUCGAUGAAGCAGUCUCAGAAUUUAUGGAGCCAAAUGUCUUAGUUAAACAUAUUAUUUUUAAAGAUAACGAGGAGAUUGUAAAUGAGGUAACCAAGAUUAAUUGGAAGAAAGAGUCUCCAAGGUCAAUCAUUGAAAAAAAAUUCAUCGAUGGUGAAGAGAAUGAAGAGGAGUACAAGAACAACAUUUUGUCAUUCUUUGAUUUCUUCUCAGAAGAUAUCUCUGGUGAUAAUAUUGAUAUUGGAGAAAUUAUACGUAGAGAUAUUUAUCACGCCCCUCUACUAUAUUAUUGUGAAUAUGAUUCUAUCUCAAAUGAAUAG